AGUACUUUUUGUGAAACCGACAAACCAAAAACAUGGAAAAGAAAAAGUUGAAAAACAGAAAAAGAAGUUAAAAAAAAGUAAAAAAGCAAAGAUUCGCCAAUGGAAUAGCUCAACUGUUUGCUCCAUUUUGCUUUAGUAGCCAAAUAAUGCAAGUGCUUCUCUCUCACUCAUCUAUCCACUCCUCUCUUCACUUUUAGCCGCUCAAAACCACCGUCGCAGCCACCCUUCCUCCGCCGCGAGCUCAGCCACCCUCAUCCAACAACAUGUUUUCUUCUGGGUUGACUUGAAAAUCUGUCUUUUUCUCUGAAAAUCCCCAAUUUUAUAGAUUGCAAAUCAGGACCUCGAGAAUGGAUGAUGCUAAAGAUGCAGAGUUCUCAUUGAAAGUGAUGAUAAAUAAAGAGAAAACUAGGGUACUCUUUGCACAAGCUGACAGCCAUUUCGCAGACAUUUUGUUAAGCUUCUUGACUUUGCCGUUGGGAAGAAUUGUGAAAGUCCUCGAGAAGCACUAUGGAUCAGUUGAGGCACCCACCAUUGGAAGCUUAAGCAAUUUGUACCGAAGCGUAGCAAAUCUUGAAGUUGGCUCCCAUUUUGUGACUGAGGGUGCUAAGCAGGCUCUGCUCAAUCCAACUAGUUCAUUCGAAGACAAGUACGCGGGGCUGAAACUCGAUAUCACUGAUUUUCAACCUGCUCAAUAUUUUUCUUGUAGCGUUCACUCUAAAAGAUUUCGUAGUGUGAGCAUUUACUAUGAUACUACUAGGAGCACUUGCCCUAGUUGGGACUGUGAUCGUAAGUUGAAGAAAGUAGUAGAUGAAAAAGGGCCUAAAGCUACUUCUACAGAUGAAGUUUUCACCGUACAUAAAGCAUCAUUCAUAAUUUCUGAUGAUCUGCAGAUACUGCCAAAUGAGACGGGGAUUGUAGGUAUCGUCGUCUCUCUUGGCAUUACAGACAUGGAUAAGGCUGAGCUCAUCAAUGUGGAUUUAGGGUUCAAUGAGAUUAUGAACUUGUUGAUGACAUCCUUGACGUCCCCAACUCCACUGUCGGAUGUCAUCCUAAAUAAAACAAGACAGAUCAACACUUCAAUCUUGGAAUCUCCACCACUACUGCAGAAUGUUGCAAUGGAAGAAAAUCCCGACUUUAAGAAGUUAAGUUUGAAAGUGAUGAUACAGAAAUCUACUGGUAAGUUUUUGUAUGCUCAAGCUAAGGAAGAGUUUAUAGAGUUUCUAUUUGGUCUCCUUCAUAUCCCACUAGGUGGAGCUGAGUACGUUUUUGCCGGCAAGACUUGUUUUAAGGCUAUAGACAACUUGUAUCGGAGCUCAGCUGAUCUUAUUGACAAAUAUUUCAAGAGCCCGGAUACGAAAAACAGGCUAAUGAAACCCAAUCUGGUUCAUGGUUGUAUUUCUGGAAAAUACAUUUUCCCCCUCACUGAAGAAUGCUUGCCUGCUGACUACAUUGAUAAUAUAAAUUGGUUUUCUUCUAUUAAGUUUCCCAAUGGCAAGGGAAGUUAUCUUACGGGGCCUCAAAUUUAUCACGUGGCGGAUGAUUUAACUGUUACACCUUUAUGUAUUGUCUCCAUGUUUUCCUCUCUCAGAGAGCAGAAAAUCUCGAUAUCUGAUGUCAAAGAAGUGGAGCUUGAAAUCGGGUUGAAAGAGGCUUUGGGCAUACUGAAAGCCUCUCUUACAUCCACUUCUGCUCUUUCUGAUGCUCUAUUGAGUCACAUAUCAAUCAAACAACCAAAGAGAGAAGUCUGAGUGUGAUCCAUGCUUUUAGAUCUUGUUUUGCUGCUCAUAUAUGUGACAUUGUUUUCUUACAUUCAUAGCUUUGCAUUGUGCUUUUAUGUUGUUUUAACUAUGGUUCUUGUUUUUCCAGUCAUCAUUUUAAAACUAUUUCACUUUUUCUAUGUUCAAAUUGUUCGCCUUCCUAUCACCAGUUGUUUUCACAAUGUAAUUUCAUAUCACUAUUUCAUACUGAAU